AAGACGAUGAAAACUAGUAUACGAGAUAUAUUAGCUAGUGGUGAGCCGAUCCCGAGCUCAGUCGCAAAGCGUCCGCGGACGGUGCCGCAUGUGUUUCACGCCUCUCCAAGUUCCGAUCGCGUUGACCGUUCCAAAUUUAAAAUUUCGCUGGAACUUAGCUGUGUUUGUGUGUGAACGCGUGCUUUGGGAAUUAUUUUGAAAUCCCAACACGAUGGACGGCUGCCAGUAAUUGAGUGAUAGUGAAUGUAUAAGUUAUUGUAAAGACUGACUAGUGUUACCCAGUGUUCAAGUGUACGGUAUAUAAAAUGGAGGUUAAAACGCACCUUCUAGCGUCUGCUGCACUCCUUAUAAUUGCCGCCUCAUGGUGCGAGGGUGCUCGCGAUGCAACCUGUCCCCGAAUCUGUGGUCCUUCGCUGCAGAGUGAACCAGUCUGCGCCACUGACGGUUAUAUCUACCCUUCUCUUUGUGAGAUGAGGAAGAAGACUUGUGGAAAAGGUGUACGCCUAGCUCAAGAUCAGACUUCUUGCUCUCGAGCUCAAGGGUCUAAGUGCGAACAUCGGUGUACGUCUGAGAGGGACCCAGUAUGUGGAACCAACGGCAGGACUUACCUUAAUAGAUGUAUGCUCCAAGUUGAGAUCUGCAGAGUCGGUAUUGGACUCUCUCAUUUGGGAGCGUGUAAUAACAUCAGUGCCCAUCGGGAAAACUGCCCCGUCGACUGUUCCCAAGCUCCCCUCGACGGGCCCAUUUGCGGUUCUGAUGGCAAUGUGUACAAAAGCACUUGUCAAAUGAAAUUGUUAACUUGUGGGCAAGGUGUGGUCCGAACAAACAAAAAACAUUGCCAGACCACUCGGCACUGCCGGGAGUCUUGCUGGCGCGUCGCCAGACCAACUUGUGGGUCCGAUGGCAAGCUGUACGCCAACGCUUGCAGAAUGAAGGCUAGUAACUGCGGAAAACAUGUCUUCGAAGUGCCGAUGGCGUUCUGCGUGUCUCAGGAAAGGACAUCAGGAGGGGAAUCCUGCCCUAAGGAUUGUUUGGGACAGAAGGAGAAACUGGUCUGCGGCUCUGAUGAAAUGGUGUACAGGAAUGAGUGUGAAAUGAAGAUGUUGAAUUGCGGCAGCGUAAGCAACAGGAAGAUUGUGAAAAAGGUUGACAUGGAGAAGUGUCGUGGCAAGAUGAACCGCUGCAUGAAGGUCAAGUGCCCUACCGACAUAGACCCUGUCUGUGGCACUGAUCAGAAAGUCUACACCAAUCCUUGCUUCUUGAAGGUCGCUACUUGUUUGAAAGGAAUUCAACUGGCUCACUUUGGAAACUGCACCCUACUCCCUCGAUUUAAAGAAGAUUGUCCAGAUACCUGCGAGAACGUAGUCGAACAACCAGUGUGCGGUUCCGAUGGUAACGUUUACAAGUCUGAAUGCGAACUCCGUCUAGCUACCUGUGGACAGCACGUAGUACCAGUAGCUGCCUCCCACUGCCGGACUACUGCUCUCUGCCAUGAAGAGUGUCCUGAUACGCCUGCCUUUAUUUGCGGAUCUGAUAACCGCUUCUACAAGAACGAGUGUUUAAUGAAGAAGGAGAAUUGCGGCAAGCACGUGUUCGUAGUACCGUUGAAGCGGUGCCUCGCUCGCUUCCAGUACUCGGGGUGCGCGCGCGUGUGUCCAGCGGAGUACGACCCCGUCUGUGGUACUGAUGACAAGACUUACUCCAACAAAUGCUUCCUUGAGAUGGAGAACUGUCGGUCUAGGAGUCUGGUACAACUGAAGCACCUGGGCACAUGCACGGAACCCAUCGCCGAAGAACCGAAAAACUAUCUAUAUCGAUAAACGAAUCGAUUAACAGUGAUAUCGAUUAAUCGCUUUUCUUUCCAUACCUAAUCGUAUUCUCGGGAUCGGAAUCCCACUUAUUAGUGCCAACUUUUUAUAAGUAAAAAUAUACUGUAAAAUAAUGUAAGCGACCAAUCUUCGUCUUCCAAUUUAUAAAAUUUAAGUUUCAUAUUAAUGUUCAUAGUUUAAUCGAUUAAAAAUCGAUAAGGGUUCCACACUAAUCAAUCGCAAGUCUUCUUCACAUUGGGUUUUUGAUAGUACAUAACGGUAUUUGGAUCUUUUUGCUUCACAUAAGUAAGUGUGGAAAUCCUUAAUCGGCUCAUGAUCGAGAUAGAAUCGUUUAAACUAUGCGAUUCGAGCAUUCCUUUAAUAAACGGAUCAGUACAAAAAUUCGAACUCACGAAAAUAAUGGCAGACACCUCUCUUUUAGGUUAUAUAAUUUAGUGAUUUUAGAUAUAAUUUUUCGACUGUCUAUUUAUUCUAUUAUUUAUUUCUGUGCGUAGUAGAUUUAAGAUUAUAUUUAUUUUGUACAUAAUUAGUGAAUUUCUCGACGUAUUUAUUGUUUUUUCUAAGAAUCGAUGCAUUUAGUAGAAGACUUAUAAUUUAAACAUUUAUGACAAUAAGAUUUUUUGUAAUAAAACAUAAAUUGGUGACAGUUGUUUGAAUUUACCGCCUAGUUUUUAAAGCAUUCAUUUAAAAUAACUGCGUCAUGACGUUUUGUAUUCAUAUUUGUAUGAUUUGCUCAAAUAUUAGAUAACAAUAUCUCACAUAAUGACAUGCAUAAAUACGUUAAUAUCUUUAAGCAAUAAGCAAAUGAAAUGUAGACGUACGAUUUUUAUUUACAAAAAACAGUUCAAA